AUGACACGCGUAAUAUUCCUCAAGAACCCAAGCACGCCAACCGACCCCUACGCGACCCACUUCGCCGCCACAUCCCGCACGCCCUAUUUCAUCCCGCUCCUAACGCACACCCACAACGACAAGCUAGCCACGCGCACGUACCUCACAUCGCAUCGCUUCCUUCACGACACGCCCCGCUUCAUCAUCACCUCGCAGCGCGCAGUCGAGAUGUUCAACGACGUGAUCCAAACUUUACCACGCAAUGCACAACGGAUAAUAGUGGCGAAGAUUGGAUAUACCGUGGGACCAGCAACGUUCCAUCUUCUACGUGACGCUGGAUUCAGUGAUGUACGCGGCGGGAUGAAAGCGGGCAACGGGGCGAAGUUAUCGGAGAUGAUCUUGGAUGAUGUGGGUGGAUCUAGUGAGGAGCGCAUUGUGUUUUUCACGGGUGUCGUGCGCAAGGAUGUUAUACCACGGAGACUUGCGACGUUGGCGAAUUUCGAAGAGUUUGUCAUGUAUGCUACUUUCGAGCGCGAUGAUAUCGUGGAGAACUUCGUGAAUUGCGUCGAGAAUGGGAGUGGCGGUGGUGGAGAGGAUAAGGAUAAGGGUGGCUGGAUUGUGUUUUUCAGUCCGCAGGGCACGAGCGAUAUAAUCAAGUUUUUGAAAAGUAGCAAGGGAAGCGGGUGGAGGAUUGCGUGUAUUGGGCCUACGACGCAGGAGUACCUUGUUGCAAAUGGCCUUGCACCUCAUGUCGUUGCUGCAAAGCCCGAUCCCGAGAGUUUACUUCACGCAAUUCAAAACUACAAAGAGUGA